GCGUUUGUGUAUAACUGGCGACCAGUUCAGGGUGUAGCCCGCCUGUCGCCCACAGUCAGCUGAGGCUGGGCGCAGCGGGUGGAUCACUAGCAGUUGUCGAGAAAUUUAGCUUGGCCAUUAGCAUAAAAAUGGAGGCGCCGGGUUCAAACUGGAGCUGCGCCGACCCCUCCUCUUCCCCCCCCCCACCUCUCAAUAGACGUCCCUCCAACGGACUCAAGUCCUCCCUCCAGGAGGUGAAGCUUGAGAGGGAGAAAGCUAAAAGUUUUUCAGUUCCGUGAAAGCAGAUAGAUAAGUUGGAGAGGACAAGGAAGAUACUUUCCAGACACAGAAGGAAAGAGAGGGAGAGAGAGAGGUUGGACCGGGACGACUCCCAAGUGGAGCCCGAACCUUUUUCUCCACUUCCACGGCUACAUUUUUAACUUGACUCACGAAACAGCUAGCAGUGCGGUAACUCUCCGAAACAACCUCAUCGAGACAAGUUACACGAUACGUGGAGAGGAUGACGGCGGGGUUUUGUCUUUGCACCAGCGUUUAAAAAAAAAAGUGAAGCCCGAGAAUAAGUUUGGGAAAACCGGUUUCCCCUGCUCCAUUACCACCGCUUUUGUGUUUGUAAAUGGUGGAGCAAUUUGUCUGCUAACAGUGCCGAUUGUCCCGCACAAGUGAACGUUCCAAGCUGCUGGCUUCCUCGCAACCAAAUCCAUUCAGAUGGACCUGAGAUAACGUCACCAGCCCAUCUAACUUGCGUUCUGGUCUUCGUCUGGACCUCAAACCCCAGAAUGGCAGAUCCCACCGGGCUAAGCUCCGAGCCGGCGGGGGCCGGUAUUGCUGAGGUCGACGCUUGUAGCUUGGAAAUAGAGCGGAAGUAUGACAUCAUCCCUGCUGUCAUCUGCUCCAUGUGUUGCCUUUUUGGCAUCAUCUACUGCUUCUUUGGCUACCGCUGUUUCAAGGCGGUCAUGUUCCUGUCCGGUCUGAUGUUCGGCUCCGUCAUCAUCUUCCUGCUGUGCCACAAGGAGCACGUGCUGGACACUCAGCUCAGCGUGGAGGCCAGCGCCGGCAUCGGCCUCGGUAUCGGCCUCCUCUGCGGCCUGGUGACCAUGCUGGUGCGGAGCGUGGGCCUCUUCAUGACGGGCCUCCUGCUGGGCCUCCUGCUGGCUCUGGCUGCCCUCCUGCUUACUCAGCAGUUCUACACUCCCACCACAGUGUGGGUGCCCCUGGGCGCGCUGCUGGGAUCGGGCAUGCUCUUCGCCGUUCUGACUCUGCAAUGGCAGAAGCUUUUCACCAUCCUCUCCACGGCCGUGUUCGGCGCCGCCAUCAUGACGGUGUGUGCCGACUACUUUGUGGAGAUGCUGGCUUUGGCCACACACAUGUACGGGUGCCUGCGCCUCUCGCCGGGCCCGCCUCUCUGCUGGUACAGCUGGGUAAUUCUGGCCAUUUGGCCCGCGCUCAGCAUCAUCGGAAUCCUAGUCCAGUGGAAACUGACGGAUGGCAGCUUCUCCCACACGGAGGUGGUUUUAAGUCGACGUCAGAAGAGAUUGCAGCUGAUGCGCAUUAGAGAGAAAGACACCAGGAAGCGACAGCAGGCAGGUGGGCAGGAAGGCACAUACCGCCGUAAAGCCACCCCAGUGAAACGUUACGCUGGGGACCUUCUGGCACCGAGCUACCUUCAAAGUCUGCGGGACAGACAAAUGGGCACCGGUACCUCCCUUAGCAGCCAGAGCACAGCCAACCACACCAUGAUCGACUUGGACUGCGACACCGGCUCCACGGUCCCCCUCACGGCUACGACCCCUGUCGUCAGAGUCUGAGCUCAGCGACCACGAUUAAGAGAGAAGUGGGGUGGGGAGAAGAGACAUUCUGGUUCUGUUCUGAAGAACCUGUGACAGUUUGUUUUUGUCAAUCUGAGUGUGAAUAGAGGAUUACCAGUGGAGGAGGUUGCUGCUUUUUUUUUUAAUUGGGAAAGGAGAACUUUUGAAGCCACUAAAACUGCGGUGGUUCUCAGAGGAACAGAACACUAACCGCACAAGGUCCUCAAUUUCCUCUCACCGUGUAUAUCAUAACAGAGCCGGAAGUGCAUUUCUAUCAUGUAGUACUGUACUUCAAAAGUUAAUCACAUUGCCAUUAAGUGUUGAGUUGUUACUGUUUAACGUUGAAGGAUGUGAUUUUAUUUUCUUUGAAAUCUGUGUGUCAGGGAGCGAAGUAUGACUACAAGUACGUCAAAGUGAAGCAAAAAUUAAAUGUUACAUUACAAGCA